AUGGUCAUCUUCAGCAAGAUCGCCCUCACCGCUGCGUCCAUCGCCGGUGUAGCUGCCAUUCCUUUCGAGCCCUCUGUAAAGCAUGCGACCCAUCGCGUGCGCAAAGUUACGCGCGACUUGCAUGUCGAAUCCUUUCAUCCUUCCAGCACCUUUGUCACCUAUGGUGCUGGUGUCGAAUCCCCUCUGAAGAAGCGUGGCCAAGAACAACUCAACAUUUCCAAGGACGGCUUCCGUGUUCGCUCAUCCGCCUCUACCGAGUCUGGAGGACAUGUAUGGGUUCAGCAAGUCGUCAACGGAAUCCCUGUUGCGAAUGCUGUUGGAAGUGUUGGAUUCAACAAAGCAGAGAAUCAAGUCGCGUCGCCCACGCCGCGUCUCUCCAAGGAGCAAGCCAUCACCGCCGCGGAGAAGAAGCUCAACGGCAAAUCCAACAAGAAGGUCCCGACGCUCGAAUACGUCGUCAAGUCUGACGGGAGCCUCGUUCUCACCUGGGUCGUAGAGGUCCAGACAGCGGAUGGCAACCAUUGGUUCGAAGCCUUUGUCGACGCGUCCAACGGAGACAUUGCCUCUACCAACGACUUUGUGGCGGAUGCAUCCUACUGGGCUGUCGACCCUCAAGUCCAGGAUGUGACCAAGGGGUACAACAACUAUGUCGAUCCGGCUGAUACUGGUGCAUCACCCAAUGGGUGGCACACCGUUGGCUCGACCACGUCGACGGAUACGUCGGGCAACAACGUCGUUUCUUACAAGGGAUCUACAUCCGCCACGACACAGCAGAGCUCUUCGGGGCAGGUUUUCAACUACAAAUACGAUACCUCUGUCGGCCCAACAUCUGGCCAAAACGUCGACGCUGCCCGUGUCAACGCCUUUUUCAUCUCGAACAAGAUUCACGAUAUCAACUAUCGGUAUGGUUUCACCGAGAAAACCUUCAACUUCCAAAACGACAACUUUGGCAAAGGUGGUUCCGGAAAUGACCGUAUCAAGAUCUCUGUUCAAGAUAGCUCUGGAACCAACAAUGCCAAUUUCGCCACCCCAGCCGAUGGCUCUUCCGGUCAGAUGAGAAUGUAUAUUUGGACUCGCACCACUCCCAACCGUGAUGGCGAUCUUUCAAACGACGUGAUCGCACACGAGCAAACUCACGGCACGACUAACCGUAUGACCGGCGGUGGCACCGGUCGUUGCCUCCAAACAACCGAGGCAGGUGGAAUGGGCGAGGGGUGGAGCGACGCUUUUGCCGAGUGGCUCGAGCACAAGGACAGCAGUGUGCCCGACUGGGUUUUGGGGGUUUGGGUGUACAAUAACCCUAAGGGUAUCAGAUCCUAUCCUUACUCCACCAGCACCUCUACCAACCCCUACAAAUACUCGACGACGAAAACCAAAUCAGAGGUGCACGAUAUCGGUGAGAUCUGGGCAAACAUGCUUCACAACGUAUACGCAGAACUUGUUGGUAGCUUCGGAUGGGCCGCCGACGCCUUCACUAAUGCGGAAUCUGGAAGUGGCAACGUCGUAUUCCUUCGUGUCUUUUACGCAGCCCUUCUCCUUCAACCAUGCAACCCCACGAUGGUUCAAGCUCGUGAUGCCUGGGUCCAGGCUGACCAGAAUCUCUACAAUGGCGCUCACGUUUGUUCCAUCUGGAAGGCGUUUGCGUCUCGUGGUCUCGGCGUUGGAGCCGCCAACUAUGUCGAUAGCUUCACAGUUCCAUCUCAAUGCUCGGGUGGAUCCACUACGGUUUCUACCGCAUCACAGACGCGCACAGUGACCAGUUCCUCGACCCGAAGCUCCCCCUCAUCGACACGCCAAACAACUACGAUGUCUAGUUCAGUUCCUUCCUGUCCGUGGUGGUGGCCAUUUUGCGAUUUUGCCGCGAAUGCCGACGUUGCAGGCCCUACCGCUCUUUGA